UACAAUAUCACAAUCAACCAACUCAUAGACCCAAACAUCCAAAAACAUCUUUAAUACAACAGAAUUGGAUUUGGAGUGACAAAAGUAGGGAGCCCCCACCACCACAGUACCGCCCCCCCCCUGCUUCCCUCUUCCCUAAACCUUCCCUCAUCAUUCAUUCCUAAUUCUAAACCUCUCUUCUUCACAAAUCAAUUUCAUUCCCAAUCUCUUCUUCACCACUCUCAUGUCCCUUCUUCUUCUAAAUCCACGCUCUCCCAUGGUGGUUUCCCCAAUAUGCCUUCUUCCAUGUGGAGCGAGCUUUGCCUAAGACCCUCACCGCCUCCUCUCAAUGUCGCCGCCGACGCAACCCCUGUCGUGGAAUGCUACGCAUGUACCCAAGUCGGCGUCCCAGCCUUCCACUCCACCAGCUGCGACCACGCCCACCAACAACCCGAAUGGGAAGCCUCCGCGGGCUCUUCCCUGGUUCCAAUCCAACCCACAAAAUCCUCACCACCGCCCCGACAUUCUUCCGCGGGUUGCUUCGGGACGGUUCUGGACCCAAGAAAGAAACCGGUUCAGAGAUGGAACCGGGUUCUGUUACUGGCCCGGGGAAUGGCUCUUGCGGUUGAUCCACUUUACUUCUAUGCUCUGUCGAUUGGAAGAGGAGGGUGGCCUUGCCUGUACAUGGAUGGAGGGUUGGCCGGCGGGGUGACGGUGGUUCGAACGUGUCUUGAUAUAGUGCACCUGUGGCACGUGUGGCUUCAGUUCAGGCUUGCUUACGUGUCGAAAGAGAGUAUGGUGAUUGGGUGUGGGAAACUGGUGUGGAAUGCACGUGAUAUUGCUUCUCACUAUGUUCGUUCUUUUAAAGGCUUUUGGUUUGAUGCCUUUGUUAUCCUCCCUAUUCCUCAGAUUGUUUAUUGGUUGGUUUUACCAAAACUGAUCAGAGAAGAGAGAAUCAAACUUAUAAUGACAGUAAUCUUAUUAAUGUUUUUGUUCCAAUUCCUCCCAAAAGUUUACCACUCCAUUAUUUUAAUGAGAAGAAUGCAGAAGGUUACUGGAUACAUCUUUGGCACCAUUUGGUGGGGUUUUGGCCUCAAUCUCAUUGCCUAUUUCAUUGCCUCUCAUGUUGCUGGAGGUUGUUGGUAUGUUCUUGCAAUACAGCGAGUUGCUUCUUGUAUCCAACAACAUUGUGAGAGAAACAACUGCAACUUAUCUUUGUCUUGCUCUGAGGAGGUGUGUUAUCGGUUUCUCUCAUCACCUACAACAAUUGGAAGUUUGUGUGGUCGGAAUUCAACUGCUACGUUUAGGAAGCCACUAUGUUUGGAUGUUAAAGGUCCGUUCGCCUAUGGCAUCUACAAGUGGGCUCUCCCUGUCAUUUCUAGUAAUUCAGUUGCUGUCAAAAUCCUUUAUCCUAUCUUUUGGGGAUUAAUGACUCUCAGCACCUUUGGAAAUGAUCUUGAGCCUACGAGUAAUUGGCUGGAAGUGUGCUUCAGUAUUUGCACGGUGCUUAGUGGAUUGUUGCUUUUCACCCUUUUGAUUGGUAAUAUUCAGGUACUUUUGCAUGCUGUCAUGGCAAGGAGGCGAAAAAUGCAGCUGAGAUGUCGAGAUUUGGAGUGGUGGAUGAGGAGACGGCAAUUGCCGUCUCGUUUGAAACAUCGAGUUCGACACUAUGAGCACCAGAGAUGGGCAGCUAUGGGAGGAGAAGAUGAGAUGGAACUAAUCAAUGAUUUGCCUGAAGGUCUUAGAAGAGAUAUCAAACGUCAUCUUUGUGUUGACCUAAUCAGAAAGGUGCCUCUCUUUCAAAACCUGGAGGAGCUGAUUCUAGACAACAUAUGUGAUCGAGUCAAGCCACUUGUAUUCUCCAAAGAUGAAAAGAUUAUCAGAGAAGGAGAUCCUGUUCCAAGAAUGUUAUUCAUAGUGUGUGGACGAGUAAAACGUAGCCAAAGCCUGAGCAAGGGCAUGACAGCGACAAGUUUUAUUGAACCGGGAGGCUUUCUUGGUGAUGAACUGCUAUCGUGGUGUCUUCGUCGCCCAUUUCUGGAGAGACUUCCAGCUUCAUCCGCUACAUUUGUUUGCAUUGAACCAACAGAAGCAUUUGCCCUGAAAGCAGACCAUCUGAAGUACAUAACCGAUCACUUCCGCUACAAAUUCGCGAAUGAGAGACUGAAGAGAACAGCAAGAUUUUACUCUUCCAACUGGAGAACAUGGGCUGCUGUUAACAUACAACUUGCUUGGCGUAGAUACAGAAAACGGAUGAGGCGUCCAGCGAUAGCUGUGGUGGAAAACGGAAGCACUGAACGUCGGCUUUUGCAGUAUGCUGCAAUGUUCAUGUCAUUCAGACCACAUGAUCAUCUUGAAUAGUGAAUUGCUAGCUGCUACUGCCUCCAAUUCUUGAACUCUUUCUUCAAAACCCAUUCAUUCAUAUCAUUUUCCGUAUGAUUCUAUAUCCAUCUCCCAAGAAAGACAUGGAAUUGGAAAUGAAAGUGGAGACUGUUUCUCAUUUGGUUGGAAAAUAUUUCAGUGUCAAGUGUGAGAUGAAGUGUUUAUUUUCCUAUUUGAUGUUAGAUCGUGUUUCUCAAGAAAGAUAUGGAAUUGAAAAUGAAUGUAAUUCCAAGAAUGAAAUGUAUUUGUUUGAGUGUUUUUCAGUUGGAAAUGAAAAGUAUGUAUGUGUGAUGAAA